UGUUUCGAUUUUUUUUUUUUAAUAUAGAUUCAAAAUUGGAAAACAUAUGUUGAGAUGAUUAGAAGUUAAUGUUUAAAAAAAUCAAGUCUUGAGUAUUUUGUAUUCUAUAAAAAAGAUGGAAAUUGAUAUUGUUGAGGAUAAUAUGCAAUCGAUGUUGCUUCUCGACAUUUUCAGUUGUUUUGCUGUAACUAGUGUGAUUUUUGGAAUUGAAAUGCUUGGCUAUCCAUUUAAAAGAGGAUAUUUUUGCAAUGAUGAAACUAUAAUGUAUCCAUACAAAGUAAAUACAUUGACCCGACGGUUCAUUUACACUGCGAGUAUUGUGAUUCCCACUUUAGUGAUAACGCUAAAUGAAAUGGCUAUUUUCUACCAGGUUUCAACAGGAUUGACCAAAGUGGCUCAUUUUUUCUUACGUAUCUACAAAACAGUCGUCGUCUUCAUAUUCAGCAUACUGUGCCUGAUAGUGGUCGUCGACGUCACAAAAUACUCGACCGGAAGGCUUGCACCGAAUUUCUUCAUGGUUUGCCGACCGCAGAUCCUUUGUAACAGGGGCAACAGUCACAAGUACAUUACCAAGUACCAUUGCCAAGGCGGUGAAAACGCCGAAGCUGUGAAACAAGCCAGGCUCUCAUUUCCCUCGGGUCAUUCAGCAGUUGCUACUUUUAGUAUGGUCUACUUGGUCAUGUACAUUGAGGAAAGAUUUGUAUUCAAAUCGUCUUUGUAUUUAAGGCGUACGUUGCAGUUUUUUUGCCUCCUUCUAGUUUUAUUCGUCUGCUACUCGAGACAUCUGGAUCACGCCCGUCACCCUUCAGAUAUCGUUAUUGGAAUCGGCUUAGGAAUGGCAGGUGCCUAUUUGACUGCGUACUUUUUGUCUAAAUUCAAUAGUGCUCCUAUCUCUUCUAAGACCGAAACAAAUGCCUGGUCAACUGAUUUCAAUGUACAAUGUGUAAGAACGGAUUUUAUUACAUUUUCAUUAAAUAUGAUGAAAGAAGGUGAUGUUAAUGGAAAAUUCGGUUUGCCACUUGUUGUGGAUUUUGUGUGCCUUUUGGUGUUGUUAGGGGCAAUUUUUGGACUCCAUUUUUAUACAAAACCAGUACAAAAUGGAUUCUUUUGUGAAGACCUUUCAAUCCGAUACCCUUACAAAGAAGACACUGUACCCAGAGGGCUGUUGUACUUUCUAUGUCUCUUUAUACCACUCGCCAUUUUGACAGGUGUAGAAACCGUCCGGCAUAUCAACGAGGUGAAACCGGGCCGAAGAAAUUUGUCCUCGUGGUUCAAUUCAGUUUACAGCACAGUCGGUUCGUUCAUUUUUGGAUUUUUCUGCCUCCUGCUAGUUGUCAAUUUCAUGAAAGUUAUGACUGGAGAACUGAGUCCAAGCUUUUUCGACGUAUGCAAUCCCAAUGUCGACUGUAGUCUGAUCAAGAGAAAGUACAUACACGCGUUCAGGUGUAACAGCAUGAAGGACAUGAAAAGGUUGAGAGAAUCGAGGCUUUCCUUUCCUUCUGGACACUCCGCUGUCGCUGCGUUCAGCAUGUACUACUUGGUCGUCUACGUCCAAGCUAGGCUGAUUUGGAGGCCUGCGCAUUUUUUCAAACCUCUAAUACAAGUCUGUCUAAUCCUAAUCGCUCUUUCUGUCGGCUUCAGCCGUAUCUCUGAUAACGCCAGGCAUUGGUUUGACGUGUGCGCCGGACUUGGCCUCGGUGCUUUUGGAGGUCAUCUAAUUGCGGUGCAAUUGUCCUGUUAUUUCGCUCCGAUAAAUGAAGACGAUGAAGAAUUAUUUGACGAAGAAUUUGAAACCCCUUAUAAAACUCCAUCUACCUCAUUGAAACAUUAAUAUUUUUACAUCAAAACAUAUGAAAUAAUAAUGUUAAAACAUCCCAAAUGUCAAAUGCAACCAUGUUUUAUUAUUUUGCUUAAUUAAGUAUGAAGGUAAGUGUACGUUUCCUGGAGACCCGUAGUUACAUAUUUCAUCAGUGGGCUAAUAUAAAAAUCACUGUAAAUUCUG